AUGCCUCUCCCGUUUCUGGAGAGCGUCAUCUCCAAUGGCCUGCCGGCAUGGGUGCCCGACCCUUGGAUCCUGCUCUCCGUCGGCACCGUCGUGGGGGCCCUGUACCUGAUCAAGAUCUACAGCGGCGGAGCGACCAACCUCUCCGAGAGGGACAUGCACGGCCGGGUCGUCAUGGUCACCGGAGGUACUUCAGGCAUAGGGGCCGCCACGGUCCGAGAUCUGGCGGAACGGGGGGCCCAGAUCGUGCUGCUCACGCGGCUGCCGCCCUCGGACACGUUUCUGGCCGACUUCAUCGGCGAGAUGCGCGAGAAGACAAACAACCAGAUGAUCUACGCCGAGCAGGUCGACCUGACUUCCCUGCACAGCAUCCGACAGUUUGCGACCAAGUGGAUUGACAACGCGCCCCCCAGGCGCCUGGACAUGCUCAUCCUCUGCGCCUCGACCCUGACGCCGCCGGGCGGGAAGAGGAUCGAGACUGCCGAGGGCAUCGAGGAGACAUGGAUGGUCAACUACCUGGCGAACUUCCACCUGCUCGGGAUCCUCAGCCCAGCGAUACGGGCACAGCCAUUCGACCGAGACGUGCGCAUCAUCGUUCCGACCUGUCCGGCCUACAUAGCGUCGCCGCCCCUCGUGGCAGAGUUGGACAAGAAAGAGUGGUCGGCUAGCAAGGCCUACGCAAGAAGCAAGCUGGCUCUCAUGGUCUUUGGACAGGCUUACCAGAAGCACCUGGACGCAUACAAGCGGCCCGAUGGGCUGCCCAUGACGGCAAGGGUUCUGUUUGUCGACCCGGGUCUCUCGAGAACCCCCGGUCUGCGGCGCUGGCUGACCCGGGGCAGUAUCUGGGGCUUGUUUCUCUACAUACUGGGCUACUUCCUACCGUGGCUGCUCUUGAAGAGCGCCGAGAUGGGUGCACAAUCUAUUCUGUACGCCGUCAUGGAGCCCAGCCUCGUACGCGGCCAGGGUGGCAAGAUGAUCAAGGAGUGCAUGGAGGUGGACUUUGCCAGGACGGACAUCCGGGACGAGGAGAUCGCCAAGAAGCUCUGGGAGUCGAGUGACAAGCUGAUCGAGAAGACGGAGAAGGAACAGGCAGCCCUUCGGGUUCUGGAGAAGAAAGCCAAGGAGAUGAAGGAGGAAGAAGAGAAGAAGUCGGAGCAGGCGAAGGAGGUCGAGUCACUGGUUGACGCUAUCAAGAAGGGCAAAGAGGCAGAGAAGACCAAGUCAAGGAGGAAGAACAAGAAGGCCACGUGA